UAAGGUAAUUUACCUUAAUUGUUACUAUGAGAUCAUUAUUUUAUAUUCAAUGUAAUUGUUUGCUUUGCAACUGGAAUUUAAUUUUUUCUUUUAUUGGCCCCAAAAAGGGCAGGAGGAGUGUUGGAAAAAAAGGAAAGCAAUUUUCCAAAGCCUCCAUGAAGGAAAUAGUUGUUGAAGAUAGGAACAAAGGCCUUAAAGUAUCCAUUAAAUUUUAUGACCUAAACUGCUUUAAGAACUAAUUAUUACUAAUAUUUUUUAGUAACUUCUGUUUACAGAGCCACUUACGUGGCUCUGGGCUGAAUUUUGACACUUCUGGUGUGUAAUUAACUUUUAUUCAGAGCACUGACUAGCUUGUGUACAGGAUUUUAGAAUUGGGUUGUUAUAAAUUAAAAUGUCUUAAAGUAGAUUUUCUCUGGUGGAUGAUUGCAACUGAAACUUUUAAACAUAAAGGUUUAUGGAAAACAGUUUGAUGGGCUUUCAUAUGUAAUUUUUAAAACCUCUUUUAGUGGCCAGGCUGACAUUAAAAUAAUAUAUAAUAAGCGGUUUGCUGCACUUUCAAGGUUUUAUGCUUAUUUCAGAAUGCCUGUUCUGGGAUGUCAAAAACAUUACAGUCUAAUACAGUGAGUACCAGGCUCGUAUUUUUUAAGUCCCAGAAUAGGACAUUCUCAGUAUUUUUCAGAUAAAUUUGGAAGUGUCUUUCCCAUGCUUGGGGAUUAGAGUGGGUAGGGAAGAGAUAAAAAUGGAUUAAAGUUAAUUAUUGGCCAAAUAUAUCUUUAUCUGCUGAUCUGUAAGGCUACAGUAAGCCCCAAAUUGGUGAGGUGGGAAAGGAGCUGGUGAAUGGUUUCGUUCUACAAACUUUGUAGUGAAAUUUCAUACUGAGGGAAACUGCAUGGGAAAAAAGAAAUCAGGUAAAAGGUUUAUUAAACUGGAAUAUUAAUUAUAUGAAAAUUAAUACCACCAAUAACAAUGGAUCUUUUAUUAUGUUAGCUUAUUACUGAAUUGGAAGGAAGAAUUUUAUCAGUGUUGCUUGGUUGGAACCUGCUAUAUUCCCAUAGAAUCUUUCAUAUGUCUGAGAAGCCCUACUGUAUUUUGUUAUAAAUGUUCAAGAUGAUGGGCAUGUAGAUGUCCCUUUCAUUGUUUAUUUUACUUGAUAGAGAUGAAUAAAUGCACAGUCAGAUGUACCUUUUUAAUGUUUUUAAUAUUACAAUUUGGACAGUUUUACUGUUUUUGAACAGAAAAAUUUAAGCAUACUUUUAUUGCAAUUUACUUAUAAGUAAAUAUUUUGAAACACUAACCUGCAGUUGGUAUUGGUGAAACAUUCAGAUAUACGUUUUUCAUUAGUUGUAUUAAAUACGGCAGAGAUGAAUUUAUGGAACCUCAAGAAUUUCACAGUGAGCUGUUAAAAUACUGAUUAUGCACUACAAGCAAAGAAAUAGUGCAUUAUUGUACUAAAAAAGAUAGCAGAGUGAGUGUGAAAUAACCAAAGGAAAGUAUUCCAGUGGAGUAAGUUCUGUAAGAGGAGAUGUGCUGUGGUGCUGUAAGCAAGCAGUGUUGUGUUGACCUCACUGGAUGCAUCCUUUCCUUGAUGUUGAACAAACAGCAUCAUGACAUAAGUGAGAAAAACCAUAGAAAAAAAUUUAAGAAGUUUUUUCAGUUUCUUUGAAUUGCUGUUUUUUAGUGUAGACAGUAAUGUGAGAAGAUCCUAAGCUGUAAAAGUAACAUUUGAUGUGUAACAGUUUCAUGCAUAUUAAGCCUUAGCCUUUGUUAAUAAAACAUGCCAUUUCAAAAUAAAAUAUGCUUUCAUUAUACUUGUCCAAAUAUGACCUCUUUUUGUUGUUGCGUGCAUUUCAGAUUUCUUUUGAUAAAUGUUAACACGUAGAAAAAGAUACGGUCAAACAUAACAAGGGUGUCAGCCUAAUCAUCAGUCAUAACUUUAUGUCCACAUUUUCUGGUAGAUGGAUUUUGACUAUUAAUUUGGUUUUGUAUGUUUUCUCUAUGUGAUAUUUGUGCAUUAUUAGAUGACUAGACUGGCCAAGGCAGACCUGUUACACUUGCCUGAGUUAGGCAUUGUUUGCCAUGCCACUAAACCUGCCGUCAAGUGAAACCUUCAUUGGGGAAAUGAGAUCGGAGUCUGAACCGCAGAAGAUGGACGCCCUGUCUCUGUUUUUUAUUGUUUUACUUUAAUUUCAUUUCUUUUUCUUUAUUUUGUCCCUUUUUUUGUUUUUGUUUUUGUUUUUGUUUUGUUAAAUCUCUUUCACUUUAACUUGUGAGCUGGUUUUCCCAGUUCUUUGUAAAUGGUAUUUCAUUAAGGGUUCAUAAUGUGUUGCAAAUUAUAUUGGGAGAUGAUUAGUAGAGCUCAACCUUAAGAUAAAGCAAAUUUUCAUGUGGUAAAUUAGGAUACAGUGUUGUGAAGCUCAUUGUGAGUCUUAAUUCAUGUGUAUGGACUGAUAAGGUACAUUUUAUUCUUGAAACAUUAAAACACUGAUAAGUAUCUCAGGAACACUUUCUGAUCUCAGCGCAACAUUUUUCUAGUUUUUUUCCCCCUCGUCUACAUCUCUCAUAAAAACUGAUAGCUUCUAAUUUUUGUCCUUCCCCCUGGAAUUUUAGGCAUACAAAAUCAUCAAGGAAAAUAAGUAAAUAUAACAAUCUGGGAGUAGAGAAGAGCCUCUCGUUUUUAUGAUGGUUAUUUAUUAUAGAAAUUAUUUCCUUGACUUACGAAGACUUUUUGUUGCCUAUGUGGGGAAUGGAUAUUUGAGAAACUUACUUAUUUGUGUGUAGGUUUUUGUUAGCUUGAAUUUUUUGUUGAAUAUUUUUCAGAGGUUACUAGCUUCUAAAUGGAUUCUGAGAUUAGGACUAUUACUUUAAUACUGUGAGAGAUGUUUUCCUCAGUUGACUUUGAGGAGUAUAGUUUGGGAAAAAUGCUAAAUGCUUAUUUGUUUUAUACUUUUAUAAGCUCUGUUAUUUGGAGGGUAAAUUUGGUAGAAUUCUAUCUUGGAAAUUAAGCAAUGGAGCUUUUUCUUAAAGUACUUUUACCAUUACCUUUAGGUAAUUAGAAUAAGUAUAUAGAGUAAUUAGAAUGGUAAUUAAAAGUUAAUUUAUUAAAAAAUGUGCUUAUAGUGGAGUUAUACAUUUAUAGUAGUAUACUAUAUAAGUAGUAUACACUUUUGAAAGGCAGUGAGAGUCUGACAACCUACUGAUAUUUAAGCUAAAAGUGAAAGACUUCAUAAUACUAAGUAGUCAACUUUUGGCCAGUGUUGAAUACCCUUUUUGUUUGUAUAGUCUUUCUACAAUGUCUUCAAUAGGUAGUUUUGCUUAUUAAAGGACAAGUAAUAUUAAAUUUGGAACAUUACUAGAUUAGAACUUAGUUUCUUUAGGUGCAUACAUUAAGGUAGUGAAGAUGGAGUUUCUGCCUCAAAACCUCAAUUUAUCAAGAACGUUCAGGUUUUACAAACCUUUUAAGAUAAUACCAAUUUAUAACAUAAAACAGGUGAAAUCAAUAUAAAUAGUAUAGUGUAUAUGUGGGUAUAUAUAAAUACAUGUGUUAAUACCAAUAACUAAUACAUAUAAAGCAGAUCAUUGUUAUUUGAUGUUUUUAAUAUAAGGCCUACCUGCCUUUUGUUGAUGCAUGUUAAGAAAUCUGUUCUCCAGAAUUUUUACUGAAAUAAUAAAGAUAACUUUGUUUUUGAAAGUAGUAAAGUAAUAUAAACUUAGAUGCUGCAAAGGUAGAAAAUAGUAGGUUUUAUUUGCUUCCUAUAAAUAAGGCAUAGCCAUUAUUUAAAUCAAGUUUUAAAUUCUGACUUGAGUUCCAUCCAUGUUUAAAGAUAUAUUCAGAUAAUAUUGUUUAGGGACUUAUCUCUGCACAUGUGGUUGUUUUAAAUAUUUUUACAACUGAAACCAGGCAUGCUGCUUGUGAAAAUUUACUGCAUAUGCUGUAUUUCAGUUUAGCAUGAUUUUGUGCAUUGUCUUUUAAAACAGUUUUGGAGAAUUAGUAAUAGAAAUGCUUUACCAGCUACCACAUGAGUGUUCUUCUAAAUAUAUCCACAUGUAGUCAACUAUUUAGGAAUUUUUUUUUUUUUUUUUGCCUAAGGGGGAUAAGGAAAAAUAACGUGCAAGUUGCAGUCCUUAUCAGAAGUAAUUGAUUAGAAUUCAGCAAUGAAUAUGACAAAUCGUACUUAUUUCAGAGUAAGUUUUUCAUUUUUUUAGGUUAUAGGGAGUUUUUUCCUACUGUUAUUAGAUUAUUUUAAUGUUACUAUUGUUAUUAGGCAAUUAAAAUGUUUUUAAGCAAGCUUUAAGGUAUUAACCUCCCCCUUCAGAUAAGUAUACAUAAAUUGGUUCUAAAAGUUAAUAAGAAGUUUUCCGAAACCAGGGAACUUUUUUUUUCCUAAAACAUUUUUAGUAGUUUCCCAAGGCAUAUUUUUUGGAACUGAAUUCUUUUAGGCAUCUCUGAUGUUGGUGAGAUGCCUUAUUAACUGAAUGGAUGUAGGCUUCCUUUUACGUUGAAGUUGAUUACAUGGAGUAAGUUUUUGUUUUCUAUUUGAAAUUAAAUGGAAUCUGUUGGAGGGUUAUCAAAAUUGUUUGCAUCACAAAUAGGUAGUUUCAGUAACAGGAUAGGGGCACUCAUUAAGAAAUUUCAAUUCGCACAUAUUUGUUUUUUCUUUUUCUUUUUUUUGACUAAUUUGGUUAUUUGCCAUUUCUGGGGAUUAAACUUUAAAAAAUGUUCUUCUUUUCUGUAUCUGAUGUUCUGUGUGCUAUUAGUGAUGCAGCCAACACGAACGGUUGUCAUGUGUAACACAACUUUCGAUCACCGCGAAAACACCGUCCUGGGAAAGCGUCCAUGCUUGAUAUCGUUUGGUUCAUGAACAUUAAGUUUCCAGUACAGGUAAAAUCCCAGAGGAAUCCAAAGCCCUCUCUUUAUUGGCUCCUGCCCCAACCAUGACAAGUCUGAUGCCUGGUGCAGGAUUGCUUCCAAUACCGACCCCAAAUCCUUUGACUACUCUUGGUGUUUCACUUAGCAGUUUGGGAGCUAUACCAGCAGCAGCACUAGACCCCAACAUUGCAACACUUGGAGAGAUACCACAGCCACCACUUAUGGGAAAUGUGGAUCCUUCCAAAAUAGAUGAAAUUAGGAGAACGGUUUAUGUUGGAAAUCUGAAUUCCCAGACAACGACAGCUGAUCAACUACUUGAAUUUUUUAAACAAGUUGGAGAAGUGAAGUUUGUGCGGAUGGCAGGUGAUGAGACUCAGCCAACUCGGUUUGCUUUUGUGGAAUUUGCAGACCAAAAUUCUGUACCAAGGGCCCUUGCUUUUAAUGGAGUUAUGUUUGGAGACAGGCCACUGAAAAUAAAUCACUCCAACAAUGCAAUAGUAAAACCCCCUGAGAUGACACCUCAGGCUGCAGCUAAGGAGUUAGAAGAAGUAAUGAAGCGAGUACGAGAAGCUCAGUCAUUUAUCUCAGCAGCUAUUGAACCAGAGUCUGGAAAGAGCAAUGAAAGAAAAGGCGGUCGAUCUCGUUCCCAUACUCGCUCAAAAUCCAGGUCUAGCUCAAAAUCCCAUUCUAGAAGGAAAAGAUCACAAUCAAAACACAGGAGUAGAUCCCAUAAUAGAUCACGUUCAAGACAGAAAGACAGACGUAGAUCUAAAAGCCCACAUAAAAAACGCUCUAAAUCAAGGGAGAGACGGAAGUCAAGGAGUCGUUCGCGUUCACGGGACAAGAGAAAAGACACUCGAGAAAAGAUCAAGGAAAAGGAAAGAGUGAAAGAGAAAGACAGGGAAAAGGAGAGAGAGAGGGAAAAGGAACGUGAAAAAGAAAAGGAACGGGGUAAAAACAAAGAUAAAGACCGGGACAAGGAACGGGAAAAGGACCGGGAAAAAGACAAGGAAAAGGACAGAGAGAGAGAACGGGAAAAAGAGCAUGAAAAGGAUCGAGACAAAGAGAAGGAAAAGGAACAGGACAAAGAAAAGGAACGAGAAAAAGACAGAUCCAAAGAGAUAGAUGAAAAAAGAAAGAAGGAUAAGAAAUCCAGAACACCACCCAGGAGUUACAAUGCAUCGCGAAGAUCUCGUAGUUCCAGCAGGGAAAGGCGUAGGAGGAGGAGCAGGAGUUCUUCCAGAUCGCCAAGAACAUCAAAAACCAUAAAAAGGAAAUCAUCUAGAUCUCCGUCCCCCAGGAGCAGAAAUAAGAAGGAUAAAAAGAGAGAAAAAGAAAGGGACCACAUCAGUGAAAGAAGAGAGAGAGAACGUUCAACCUCUAUGAGAAAGAGUUCUAAUGAUAGAGAUGGGAAGGAGAAGUUGGAGAAGAACAGUACUUCACUUAAAGAGAAAGAGCACAAUAAAGAACCAGAUUCAAGCGUAAGCAAAGAAGUAGAUGACAAGGAUGCACCAAGGACUGAGGAAAACAAAGUACAGCACAAUGGGAAUUGUCAGCUGAAUGAAGAAAACCUCUCUACCAAAACAGAAGCAGUAUAGGACCGACAAGUGUACCUCUGCACUCAAUGCUGGAAUCAAAUCCAAAGCUUUUAAUUCUCUCAACAAGAUGUAAACAGGAAAGAAAUCUAGUUGAGCAUGAAGACAGGAUCUAACAGCUUUUCCAGUUGUUAGAUGACUUUGUGGCCAUCUUGUUAUUGAGUAAGAAAAUAAAGCAUGGACGUCAUGAAAAUAACAGAUAUUACCCAAACUCAUCUUCUAAAAUCUGUGCAUUUCCAUGGUGGCUGACACACUUGUCAUGUGGUUUGUUAGUGUUUGCCAAGAACCAUUGCAAAUAAAUUGAAUAUCAAAGAUCCAAGUUUGUACUAUCCCUAAAGACUGGAGAUAAGCAUUGGAGGCUCUUUUAAAAAAUGCUAGUUACUGAAUUUUGUAUUGUUUUACUUUUUUUUUAUUUCAGUAUAUACAGUUUGAUGAUGUGCUUGAAAUUGGUGCAAAUAUAUACACACCCUUGUAAGUGCAAAGUAUGUAAGAAGUUUUAACAUUUACUUCACAGGACUUAUGGUGAUUGUGUUAAAUUCUCACUAUUGUGUUUUCUUUUGCUCACUGUUUAGGACAAUUUUUCUUUAAAAUAGUUUUGCAGAUUAAAAUUGCUUAAAUAAGUGGAUUAAAAAACUGACAAUGCAUGCUACUGUUCUCUUUCAAAAGGAAGAGCAACCGUGUUGAAUACUAAUAAUGAUGAAUUAGUAUUCAGUGUUUAGAAUCAUUGGGUCUACCCACAAAGUGAGCAUUUCUUUUUAAAUUUUCUUGACAUUUCCAAGCUUAUUAUGAAUAAUAUUGCAGUGUGUCUUGUCAGCUGUAGGUGGCAAAGGUGCCCUUAUAAAAAAGGAAACUGGCUUUUCAAAAUGGGCUAUGGGAGCACAAGCUGAAGCUUUAGUGCCUUCUACAAUGUGGUAUACUGUUUUCUAGAAUUUUAUAUGUGCUAGUCAUUCUCAAUUCAUAUGGAAUCUAGAUGGAUAUUUCAUUCAUACCCAUAGAGAAGUGUGUAAGUGGUAUGUCAGAAGAGCUUCUUACUGAUUUCACCUAAAAUGAGAAGGAAGUCCUGUUUUCAAGAAUGACAUUAGAGUCAUGCAGCUUUGGGACCAUCAGUUUUAUACUGUGAUAAUUGAAAAUGAAACAUGUUCUUAUUUUCCUUAAAUCGAAGAAAACCCUUUAGUUGUCUACAUUGGAUGGCCUUAUUACCUCUCAAUCAUCUUUUCAUAAAUGAUGUGCAGAAAUUGUACUUAAGGACUUAGGAGUAUAUGGGAGGUUAUUGGUAUUAUGUUUAAGGAUACGUUUACUUGAGUUUAAGAUACAGGUCAUCCAUUAUUCUUAGGCUCACUUUUUACAGAAAGUAUGCAAAUAGUAAAGUGACAGCACUGCUAAUGUUUUUCCCCAGUACUAUAACUUGUGGUUUCUGAACUCAUUAUUGUUGUAUUUCCAAAAAAGUAAUACCUUUAAUUAGUGUAUUAAAAAAUUAAGUAUAAUUAUUUUAAUGCAAUCUAAUACAAUCAGAUUACUCAGUUGCCUUACCUCAUGGGAAGAGUUACUUCUUUAGAUCUAAAAAGCUGAAUAGCAUGUUAGUUACUUGGUUUCAACUUGAGUUUUCUUUUAAUGUUAAUAAGAUUGAAACUUUAGUUAAUUUAGUGGGGAAUGGAAAGAGUUGCCCUUGUUGCAAGUAAUGAAGCCUGAUUUGAUUAUGAAGCUGCUUAAUCACUCUUCAUGUGUUCAGAAUUACUGUUUGUUUGUUUGUUUGUUUUUCCUUUUUGUCACUGUGUACAUUAAAAUUUUGGAAGAUGCUUUACUAUGUAAAGUAUAGAUGGUCAUUUUAAUCAUUCAGCCAUAUACGGUUGGCUGGUAAACAGCUUAUUCUGAUACAAGAAUGCUUGGGUGCAUAUGGAAAGAUUGUGAAAGAGUGUGUCUUGCAUCAACAGCUGUCUUAUUUAUGAUAUAUAAGUAGAAAUAGAGCAAAUGUUGGAAUCUGUUAUUUUUAGUACCAUUUCUUUAAUAAAGCUAAGUAUUUUAGAGGAAUAUUUGUUUAUGCAUUUCAAAAAAGCAUUUUAGUUUUAUCCUGCUCGUUUUAGUUGGCAUAGAGAUUGUUGUGACGUGGAGAGUGCGUGUUUGUGUGGUGUCUAUAAAGCAAGUCAUUUAAGGUAAGAGUGUUUUCUUGUACUCUGGACCUAUUACAUGUUUUUUUAUGUUGGUAAUUAACAUUUAAUUUAGUUCUUGCUGCUAAUUAUUUUCUUUGCUGAUAUUUAUUCAGCUUUAAAAUAAUCGUACUAUAAUCUUGAAACUGAUUUGUAAAAACUGAGUAGGAAUACAAGAGAUCUGGAGGAACAAAUCAGAUUGUUAUUGGGGUUUGACAUUUUUUUACAUGGGCUUAUGGAAGCACGGCAUUCUAGGGUCUAGAGGGAUGUUUGUGUGUGUGUGUAUGUGUGUCCAUGUGUGCGCAUGCACACGUGUGUAUCUGUUUGAGACAUACUUUCUCUGUUCACUUAAAAGAGCUCAUGUUUUCAUUUGUUUAUUCUUUCAGGGUAUUUUGUUUUUUUCUUUAAGACUUCUUUUUUUUAAAUCCCAGGUAGAUGUUGUCAGAUAAACUUGAGGUAAGGCCAAGAAGACAGAUAUUUUAUACUUGAUACUUUCUGUAAUUAUCUUUUGUAGCUUGAUUAUGUAGAGUACCCUCUGUUCCUUAAGUUGUAGUUGCUAUUUAUCGUUGUAGACAAAUUCUGUUGCCUUUCAGCAACGUACACUGAACUAGUAUCAUAAGAUGGUGCAUCAGUUCAUAAGCUAGUGCAUCAGUUUUGUGUCAAAACUUUUAAGUCCUGAAGUUCUGCAGUUAUCGUCUUAGUUAUUUUCUAUCUAAUUAGCUUAUAAUUGCAAACACUAGUCAGCUUGUGAUCUCUGUGUUUCAAGUUCUUCACGAGAUUCAGUACCUGCUAUGUUGAUCUUUGGCAGUGCCAGAGGCUUAAAUAUUGACAUGCUCAAUUAAAAAUAAACACUGGCGUUUAUAAUGAAAAGGUUUUUUUGCGGGGGGGGGGGGGUCAAGAGAAUUUAUUUUGUGAUAGUAAUAAUUUUCAAGACCUUCAGUCAUUCCUAUGUCUAUGUUGCUAUCUUUAUUUUAAAACUUAGAACUCUGAUCUAACUCCCCUCUCAAGUGAAGAUACUGUGUAGAUUCAAGAAGUAUAAUGUAGAGUAAUAGGCCUUUAAGUUUUUUUUUCAAUCUAUUAGAAAUAAAGAGCAUGAUUUAAUUAUUGUUGAAUUAACAAUUAAAAUGAAUCCCUUUGGAGGGAUGGCAUUGAAUAACUUAUAAUUUCAGUGAAUCAUUUAUGUUUUCAUUGGAAGACAAGUAUCUGAUUUCAACUGGUGCAUUAUGAAGUAGAGCCAUUCCCACAAAGUAAAUGUGCAGUGCCCAUAUGUUUCUUGUGUUUAAAUAUUUUUUAUUUUCACUACAUAUAUAUUAUUUUCUCAUGUUUAUUUACUAAUGUAAUUUUCACUUAAAAUUAGAUUAUUUUCAAAUUUUAAAAGCUAGUGCUCUUAAAAGAGCUAAAUUAUAUUUCUGGAAGCAGGAGUUUAGUAUAAAUGUAAUAAAAUUUUAAAAUAAAA